GUAGAUAACACCUUCCUUUUGCGUUGAUUUAUAGGUCAUCCGCAGAAUAUACAAAACCCGUUUAGGAUUGGCGUCGGUCUACCUCGGACAAUCUCUCUAGGGCUCCGUAACUAUCACCUCAUUCGUUGUGUUUUCUCUUCUUCGAUAAAUCUCGUUACUUCAACUUUUGCUUUGAUCAUUUUGUCAUUCGGUCGGAUAUUUAUCAAAUCGUUACUCGGAUGGGGAGGAGAAAGGAGCGUCGACUCGCCGCAAUUAACGCUGCUGGCCGUAGAGUUAAGCUCGAUCUGUUAGCGGAACCCUCUGGAGAUGUGGGUGGUUCUUCUGUCAAGGAAGAAGUUGGAGGGGAUGGUGAUCCCAAAUCUCAUGCAAAGUUACCAAGUUCACCUUCAUCUUCAGGUGGGUUCCGUCAGUUUUCUUCAAAGGACUGCUCUUUGUAGGGAAGACAUGAUGUGAACACAUAAUAUUGAUGGAAAUUAUUGGGUCUUUUUAUGUGCAAGACAUGUUAUUUGCGCUUCGAGAAAAUUUUGUUUUCAGUCUCAGAUAGUAGGAUGGCUGUGGUAUUGGGAUCGGAUCAGAUGGUUAUCAGACUAGGACCAGCCUCCUGCCACAGUGUAUUGUUGUGUAAACUUUGGUCCUAUUUCCCUUUUAUGGUGGCACUGAGGGCAGUUUGGAGAUCACAAGGAUUGAUCUUGCCAAAUCGGACCACAACCAGUCAACCCUCUCCUGUUGCUUGAGCAAUAUAGUGAUGAUGAGUUGGAUGCCGGGUCUAGUGAAGGACAUAAUCAUGCUGCCACAGAGGGUGCUUCUAUUGACAUUGAUGAUGAGGGAAAAAUUGCUGCUAGUGAAGAACCUGAGGUUGGAGAGAAUAAUCAUGACCAGGAACCUAUGGGACAACAUUUGGACCCUUUAGAGAAACUUGAGAAUGGCACUGCAGAAAUCGGUUCUAAUAAUUUGCAGAAGCAAACAAAUAAUAUCGAAAUAACUACAUCUGCUGCACCUGAUCCAGUUGGAGAUGUGAGUUCUUGUUGGAAGAUGGUAUUACAUGAUGAGAGUGGUCAGUACUAUUACUGGAAUAUUGCCACGGGUGAAACGUCAUGGGAAGUACCAGAUGUUUUGGCCCAGGCAAGUGUUACGACAACAGAGAAAGAAAUUGAAGACACUGAAAGGAAAGUGGAUGGUGCGAUUGGCCCAUGCAAAUUUAGAACAUCGUUAGAUAUGGAUGAAGGUGAUAUGGCUUCUAAGAAACUUUCCAUGACCGAUACCAGUGACCUUGCUGAUCAAGGGACGAAUAUAGAUGGAUCCAUUGAGGGAAUAGAAGGUGAAUCUGUUGAAGAUAAAGAAUGCAACAGAGGUGUGAGCCAAAGCAGUGAAAUUUCCUUGCCUGAUAGACAUUCUGUGGAAAGAAACAGUAGGGACGACUCGUCUGAUCCUUCUUUGGAGCUGAUAGAGAACUGUGAAAGCCUAUUAGAGAGACUGAAGUCUGUGAAAGGGUUGAAUGGCCUUCUAGAAGGUGGAGAUCUUAAAAUGAAGUACACAGUGGAAAUUGAGACAAGACUGGCUGACAUUAAGGCAUUAGCAUGUCAUGGAUUAUCCUUACUGCCAUUCUGGCUGCAUUCUGAGGGUCAGAUUAAACAACUUGAAGCUGCUGUAGAUGGUAUCGUGCAAUCUUGCCACUCCAAAGCCUUGGGUGAGUCUGGGACUGCAUUAGGAUCAUGUGAAGGAAUCGAUGGUGAAACUGAAACUGGCCUAAGUGAAAAGAAGGCAAAUCAUGAAGCUAAAACUGAUAUAGCUACUACCAUCGGAUGUGUAUCCACCGACAAGGAAAUGGGUGGAAAAAAUGAAAUAACAGGAAAUGUAGUAGAGGAGAACGAAUUAUCCUCUAGACCUGCCCUUCAUUCUGCUGAGGAUGUUGACAUGGAUGUUGACAUGGAAGUCGAUGAUACAUCUUCUGUUAAGUGCCCGCAUGGAGGUGCAUCUGAUGCUCAUAAUCUUGCGUCGACUGCUCAACCGAACAUGCACCAUACACUUGCAGACCAGUCAUCCUUAGCGCCAGGGCAAGAACCUGUUCAAGAGUGGAUUCCACCACCACCACCCCCAGAUGAUGAACCCUUUCCUCCCCCACCUCCUGAUGAUGAUGAUCCUUUCCCUCCUCCACCUCCAGACGAGCCUCCAGAAUCUUCAUAUCCUUCGGUAUCUCAUUUGGGUUCAGUUCAACCAUUAACUUACCCAGAACAGUAUACUCUAUCAUACCCUGUUUCUAAUCUUGGAUAUUAUGGGCAAACAACCCUUCAAAUUCCGGGCACUGCUCCAUAUACGCACCCUGAGGCAGGUCAGUUAGCUGUUGCCCACUUACCACAUUACUAUGAAGCAGCUACAAACAUUUAUGCCGUUGCUCCUCCAGUGGCCAACCCUGUUGGGCUUACAACAUACUAUGGCCUUCAAAAUGGAACCGUGAAUCCUGUUCCGCUAGCUAAUGGUGUUACUGAGUCUUCAGGCACUGGUGAGCCUGCUUCGGAAGCUAUGGGCCCUGGUAAAACGGUAACCAUGGAUUACCAUCCAGAAGCUGGGUCCAAUUUGCUGCUAGAGACUAAUCUUAGUGUUACCAAGUCAGGUGAUACCGUGGUUAAGGCCCCUUCUGAGGAAGCAUAUUUCUCUACUGGAGCUCCGGAAACUUCCUCAGUUGUGAAUGGUGUUUCUGUCCCAUCAACAUCUGACACCACUGCAUCGAUUCCUACUGCUGCGGCUUCUGCCUCUUCUAAAUCUCAAUCUAAAGUGCUGCGUGGCAAGAAACGGACUGUUGCGGUGGCAACCACAUUGAGAUCUAACAAAAAAGUUUCCAGUCUGGUGGACAAGUGGAAAGCAGCAAAAGAGGAGCUGCAGGAGAAGGAAGAAGAACCUGAAGACGCUUAUGAAAUCCUAGAGAGGAAAAGGAAAAGGGAAAUAGAGGCGUGGCGAGCACAACAAAUUGCUAGUGGGGAAGCCAAAGAGAAUGCUAAUUUUCAGCCGUUGGGUGGUGAUUGGCGAGAACGAGUGAGGCGUAAGAGGGCCGAAAGGAUGAAGGAAAGCGAACAAAAUUCACCAGAUGUUGCUACAGAUGGAAAUCAGAAACCUGAUCUAGUGGAACUAUCUAAAGGUCUUCCAUCUGGAUGGCAGGUUUAUUGGGAUGAUUCUUCGAAGCAAGUCUACUAUGGAAAUGUGCGGACAUCAGAAACAACCUGGACUAGGCCCACCUGAUUAGAACAGAGAUUGUACGACUCAAGUUUUAUCUGUGGCUGUAGAGUUUUUAGCUGAGUACAUAUAAUUUUGGGUGGCCGUAUUUUCUCCGUGACAUCAUUGUCAUCCUGGAAAUCUCAUUCCGUUGUGAAAUCUAUGGUUUAGGGCAUCCGCAUAUUGGUGCCAUUUAUACACAAUUAAAUGGAAUGUGAGGCCACUGAUACCAAUGUGGCUUAUUCAUUUGAAUGAAAAUAGUGCUACAUAUACCAUUCAUUCCUUUUUAAUGACAUUUGAUUUGAUAGAUAUUUUGUGAGCCGGACAUGCAAUUUGUUAUAUAUUUAAAUGAAUUAUCAAUGUGGCUGUUUGUUUAAAUGGUGAAUUGAUAAUGUAGACAUGAUGUGUUUAAAUGGAA